AUGCAUAUCCUCAUCGUCAACGACGACGGUCCACCGUCGACGCACUCGUCGCCGUACGUCCACAGCCUCGUGCGCGAGCUGCAGCAGGCCGGCCACCUGGUGUCUGUUUGCCUGCCGCACACGCAGCGUUCCUGGAUCGGCAAGGCGCACAUCAUCGGCCAGACCGUCGAGCCCACCUACUACCGCCCGCCGCCAUGGUCAAGUCUACCGGCAGGGAUCACCCAAGCGGAAGGCGAGCCCGGCAAUGCUGGCACCGUGCACACGCGGCCGUUCCGCCAAAACGGCAAUAGCAACGCCGGCACCAACGGCAGCUCGGACGAGGCGCCCGAGGAAUGGGUCCUCGUCAACGGCACCCCGGCAUCGUGCGUCCAGAUUGGCCUGUUCCACGUCUUCAAAGAGCGCCCACCCAUUGACCUGGUUGUUUCGGGCCCAAACUACGGCCGCAACACGACGGCCGUCUUUGCCCUAAGCUCCGGCACGCUCGGCGGCGCUCUCGAAGCCGCCACCUGCAACAAGCCCGCCAUUGCACUGAGCUACGCGUUUUUCAGCCGCAAUCACGACCGCGACAUCAUUGCUGAGGCCAGCCGCCAUGCCGUGCGCGUCAUUGAGGCGCUCUACCGCCAGUGGCCCAAGGACGUGCCGCGGGACAGCGCCGACAGUGUCGACCUGUACAGCGUCAAUGUGCCGCUGGUCGCGGGUGUGUCGACGCACAAGACGGUGUACGCGGGCAUCCUGCAGAACUACUGGAGCGAGGGCGGGUGCUUCGUGGCCGAGGACGUGGUCGAGGACGUGGUCGAGGACGCGGCCAGCGGCGCCACGGAUGUGGAAGAGGAGCGGCUCCGCACUAGCCAGACCCAUGGCGAGACCGCCAAUAAGGCGGCGUCAGCAUCAGAAAGACCAGACGUAGCUACGCAAACAUCAAACGCAGCAACAACAACAGCAACAGCAGCAGCAGCCUCCGGUGCUAGCUCCGGCCACGGCCCUACGGCACCCAUCACGCACCGCCACUUCAAGUGGCAGCCGCAAUUCUCCGAUGUCUACCGCAGUGUGGACGAAGCGCCGCCCGGCAACGACGGCUGGGCCGUGCGGGAAGGUCUGACAAGCAUAACACCACUCAAAGCAAACUUCUUUCAGACGGCAACCAAGCUGCACCAGACCGAGUUCCGCCUGGACCGUCCUGCACCACAGGAGUCAACUAGUGUCGCAGGUGUACCGAUACAAAGUCUGUCCAUAACAGAGAAGGAGCCACAGGGAAAGGCGCCAACACCAUCAGUACCCAUUGCGUCCAACGAGACACUCUAUGCCCUCGUCGCCUACGAGGACCCCUACGUCCAGCCCAUCAUCUUGGACGCGCUCAAGGCUGCCAUCCCGGAAAGUCAGUUACAUCUGUUGGAGGCAGCGCCGGGAGCCACACUGCCGACGGCUGCCGAGCCGGUAUCCCUGCAGGGACUUGUGGACGACGUCGUUCACAAGACGGAGGCGACCUCAAAGGUGCUGCAACUCACGCCGUACGAAGUCAUCGACUUUGACUACGCCGCCCGCCACGCCGCAUCAACUGUGAUCAACAGCUACAUCAUCCGCAAGGCCCUGAUUCGCAAGCACUUUUUGGCCAAUACAGUGGAGCAGUGGGUGGCCAAGCGCCCGCAGUCGGUACUCGCCCAGCACGUCCAGCGCACGGAGACGUUCGAGGUCGAUUACGCCGAGUUCCUGGACGACGCGCUGGUCGAGGCGUUUGACCUGCGCGCGAGCCUCGCGGCCAACGAAGACUGCGAGGACGACGCCAGUCGCCAGUGGUGGAUCCUCAAGCCCAGCAUGAGCGACCGCGGCCAGGGCAUCCGGCUCUUCAGCACCAUGGAGGGCCUGCAGGGCAUCUUUGACGGCUGGGAGGCGGAGCAAGAGGAGGCCGGCGAGGAGGGCUUCGGCGACGACGACGACGACCACAACGAUGCGGUGGCGGCCGCCGACCUACGGCACUUUGUGGCGCAGCCAUACAUCCACCCACCGCUGCUGCUGCCGGGCACGAACGGGCGCAAGUUCCACAUCCGCGUCUAUGUGCUGUGCGUGGGCGCGCUGCGCGUGUACGUGCACCGGGACAUGCUGGCACUGUUUGCGGCCAAGGCGUACACGCCGCCCUGGGAGACGGAGGGUGGUGCAGGAGGCGAUGGUGAGGAGGGCCACGAGGGCAGCCCCGAUCUGGCGGCGCACCUGACCAAUACGUGUCUACAGGACGAGGCCGACAAGGGCGACUCGGUAAGGCGGUUCUGGGAUCUGGAGGAGCCGGAGGGCUGCAGCGUCAACGACGCCAUCAAAGACGCCAUCUUUGACCAGAUUUGCCGAGUCACCGGCGAAACCUUUGAGGCCGCUGCCGUGGCCGCGCCCAUCCACUUCCAGCCUCUGGGCCACGCCUUUGAAGUCUACGGUCUCGACUUUCUCGUGAGUGCCUCGUCGUCGACGGACGCAUCGCCAUCCCCGUCGCCGACGGCCUGGCUGCUCGAGGUCAACGCGUUCCCCGACUUCCGCCAGACAGGCACCGGACUCCAGGACGUGGUGGCGCAGUUCUGGCAAGACACGCUGCGCCUCGUGGUACGACGCCAGGUGUUUGGAAGAGGCAGUGGUGACGAUGGUCAUGAUGACCAAGGUGAGACGGCCAGCGAUCUCGGGGGGCUGGUGUUGGUCAAGGACGUGUCACUUGGCAGGCGGUAG